AAAUUUUUUCCUUUUUUGAACGCUUUUUUUUUUUAAAACCAAAAGAAUCAAUUACAAAUUCAUUGUAAAACCAUUGUCGAAAAUCGAAAAAAGAAAAAGCAAUAUAAAAUCGAACUUAAGUGCGCCAUCAAGGAGGUAUUCUCAUUGUGCAAUUAUGUAUCCAACAAAUCUGGGCAAACAGAAUGGGGCUUUGGUGCUAGAGGUAUUAAAGGUUCUCGGUCGUCCGGCUACCAUUUGUGAGAUUGCGGAACGUGUGGCCAAUAUCUAUAAAGUGCCAUUGGAUCGCAUACAACCAGUUGUGGGGGAUGUCCUUCAAUCCGGUGUACAGCAUGGUUUCUUCAGCUAUUACAAUCGACGUUAUACGGUCGAUAAGCAUACGGUUGAUCAGCUAAGAAGCGAUAUCGAUGAAUAUGCCACAAAAAUUUUAUCUAUGAGCCGCGCUGGUUGCAAUGCUGCUGGUUGUGGUGGUGGUGGUAGUGUCAAUGGCAAUAGCAAUCUACAGAUUCCUCAACCAUCAACAUUAAUGUUGAAACUAGAAAAAUUGGAUGAUUCGCCGCCAUUUCAACUCAAUCAGAAUCGUUCCACUGGCGAGAGACGUGAGCGUACACCAUCUGGAGAUGCCCCAACAAUGGAUGCGAUUCGUGUGGAGUUGCCACUUUGAAUUGAAUCCAUUUUGUCCAUUUUGUAUUUUAUACAUACAUAAGCACACCCAAAAAAUAAAGAAUGACGCCAAUGCUUGGAUGGAUCCACCUCUUCGAGCAGUUCAAAAUGAAAAAAAUAA